GUGUUGUCAUCUACUGGUAUAACUUCGUCUUUGCGCGCAUGGACUCGUUGUUGAUCUGAUCCCACAUUUACCAUCAGUAAACAAACCUCUAUUCUUUUACAAGAUGGACGGACCUCCAACCCCAACUCGGCCGCCUCCAAGCUAUCCCGAUGGACCACCUUCCUACCUCAAUGAGUCCCUAGAGGAAGAGAACCUGAGCAUUCCAUCCAACAAUCCCUCUCUCAGAAUGCUUUCGCAAACCCAGGAUGAAUACAGAUCAGCGCCUCUUUCUAGUCGAGCUUCUCCCGAUCGAUACCACCGACCUGCAGCCUCCUCCACCUACAGCUCUCGUCCUGGCUCCAGCCUUGGACGAGCACCUUCAAUACCUCCUCCCGUAGCCAAUCCUCGAUCUCCGAUACGACCUUCCACUCCCUCCCGCGUCUCGACGGACUGGGCCAGACCUACAGCCUCCAGUAUCUCCUACGAACCCGCAGACCUCAACGGCAGUCCUCGACCAGGCACACCGUCAUCACAAUAUGGCGGAAGUCCAAGAAGACCUCUACCUCCUGCGCCUCUGUUUUCAGCAAAAGGUGGUGCAGCGGAGACCACGAUACCAAUGCCUGAACUCGAGUCAGAGAAUGAUGUGUUUGUUGGCGGUGGCUCGGUGAUGCCAGACAAUGAUCCCAGAGCAAGCUUGAAAUCUGCACACUCCUACUCGAGCCAGUCGACUUUUACCGAAGAGGACGAAGUCACAAACGAAAAGUUCGAUUACUAUGGACCUGCUCCUGAGGGCAAACAAGACCGAAGAGGGCUGAGGGAAGCACAAGUGACCAGAAAAGAAGUGAGGCUGAUCAACGGAGAGCUGAUUCUAGAAUGCAAGAUCCCGACCAUCCUGCACAGCUUUUUGCCUCGGAGAGAUGAACGAGAGUUUACUCAUAUGCGAUACACGGCUGUCACCUGCGAUCCAGACGAUUUCGUGGUGCAAGGAUAUAAACUGCGUCAAAACUUCGGUCCAACAAUGAGAGAAACUGAGCUGUUGAUCUGUGUGACCAUGUACAACGAGGGCGAAGUGGAGUUUACCAGAACAAUGCACGGUAUUAUGAGAAACAUCAGCCACUUCUGCUCCAGAACGAAAUCCAGGACUUGGGGAAAGGAUGGUUGGCAGAAGAUCGUCGUCUGUGUCAUUGCAGAUGGAAGACAGAAAGUGCAUCCACGAACCCUGAAUGCUCUGGCUGCUCUCGGGGUCUAUCAAGACGGCAUAGCGAAGAACGUCGUCAACCAGAAGGAAGUUACCGCCCACGUUUACGAGUAUACCACACAAGUCUCGCUCGAUGAAGGCCUCAAAUUCAAGGGUGCAGAGAAGGGAAUCGUGCCUUGCCAAAUGAUCUUCUGCCUGAAGGAGAAGAACAAGAAGAAACUUAAUUCUCAUCGUUGGUUCUUCAACGCAUUUGGGCGCGCCUUGACACCGAACGUCUGCAUUCUACUUGACGUCGGCACGAAACCGGACUCGAAAGCACUGUAUUACCUCUGGAAAGCAUUCGACCAAGAUUCAAAUGUCGCUGGCGCGGCCGGAGAAAUCAAGGCUGACAAAGGCAAAGGGUGGAUGGGUCUACUGAAUCCCCUUGUCGCCUCACAAAAUUUCGAGUACAAGAUGAGUAACAUUCUGGACAAACCGCUCGAAUCUGUGUUUGGCUACAUCACUGUCCUGCCAGGAGCACUUUCAGCAUAUCGGUAUUACGCUCUGCAGAACGAUCCUAGCGGUCACGGCCCGCUCAGCCAGUACUUUAAGGGAGAAACGCUACAUGGGGCCGAUGCGGAUGUCUUCACCGCAAACAUGUAUCUCGCCGAAGAUCGAAUCUUGUGCUGGGAGCUUGUCGCUAAGCGCGGAGAGCAAUGGGUAUUGAAGUUCGUCAAGAGUGCCUACGGGGAGACUGAUGUGCCUGACGCCGUACCGGAAUUUGUCUCACAACGACGACGUUGGCUGAAUGGCGCUUUCUUUGCUGCCGUCUACUCCUUGGUACACUUCAAGCAAAUCUGGCAAACCGACCAUUCCCUUGCUCGGAAGAUUCUGUUGCACAUCGAAUUCGUCUAUCAGUUCAUCUCGCUCCUCUUUACCUUUUUCUCCCUGGCCAACUUCUACCUUACCUUCUACUUCAUUGCCGGUUCGCUGGCGGAUCCUAAAAUGGACCCUUUCGGCCACCAUAUUGGCAAAUACAUCUUUGUCAUCUUGCGCUAUGUCUGCGUGCUUCUGAUCUGCCUUCAGUUCAUUUUGAGCUUGGGCAACAGACCACAAGGAGCGAAGAAACUAUUUUUGGGUACCAUGGUCACUUAUUCUAUCAUUAUGGCCUACACCACUUUUGCCUCGCUGUAUAUUGUCGUCAAACAACUCACGACUCAUGCAUUGGAGGACACAGACGCGGACAAUACCUACAAGCUUGGCAACAACAUCUUCACCAACCUCAUCGUCAGCACACUCAGCACUGUUGGAUUGUACUUCUUGAUGUCAUUCCUGUACCUCGAUCCAUGGCAUAUGUUCACCAGCUCAGCACAAUACUUUGCUCUUCUACCAUCUUACAUUUGUACUCUGCAGGUGUAUGCAUUCUGCAACACUCACGAUGUUACAUGGGGGACCAAGGGCGAUAAUGUCAUGCAUACGGACCUAGGUGCCGCCAAAGCACUUGGGUCUGGCACGGUCGAGGUCGAAAUGCCGUCGGAACAACUUGACAUCGAUUCAGCCUACGACGUGGCCUUGCGGAAUCUGCGCGACCGAGUCGAAGUGCUCAAACCACCGAUCAGCGAGAACCAGCUGCAGGAAGACUAUUACAAGUCGGUCCGGACGUAUGUGGUGGCAACCUACAUGGUCUGUAAUGCAGUGCUUGCCAUGGCCGUUUCUGAGGCGUAUCCUGUCGGUGCACAUCUUGGUUCAAAUUUCUACCUCACGUUCCUCCUUUGGUCAGUGGCAGCCCUAGCGCUGUUCCGCGCCAUCGGAUCAUCUGCUUUCGGCGUGAUCAAUAUUGUCUCUGCAAUUGCCGAAGGACGAAUCCAAGCCAAGUUCGAACGAAUCUUUGGUGGCGGCGACGAACAUGGACGGCAAAAAGCUGGUCUGGGCAGCGGAUUCAGUGAGUCUGGCAAGACCGGCUUGUCGAGCGGGUCAAGCGGUGGUCUGAGCCUGAGUGAUGUUACAAGUAAGAUCAGUGGAAAGUUCACCUGGAUUGGCGGAAAGUGAUGGCUCGAGUAUCCAGGAUAUGUUGUAAUGUGUUUUUGUAUUCAAGGAGACGGAGUUGAGGGAUGCUUGCAGAUGUCGACCACGAGUGUCGACGUGCUCUGAGUUAUGGCUGAACUUUCGUUGUUUGGAGGAUGUAUGAGUGUUAUUGAACGAGGACGAUUUUUUAGACAAAAGAAAGGCAACGACGGAUUUGGGUUGAUUGACACACAUGGACUCCCAUUGAAUUUGUGAGGACUACGAAAUCGCGGCAGGAUUGUUAGCCUGUCAGCAUGUACCGGCGGAGACCCUACAAUAGUUGAAUGAGGAUGAGGUGCUC